AUGCUCUCGAGAAACUUGUCCAAAUGCGCCCGUCUGUUCAGCACCUCAACGAGCACGCUGUCAGAGGCAACUGGAAUGAACUUCGAGCUGACCGAGGAUCAGGCAGAAUUCCGCGCCAAUGUCCGCAAGUUUGUCGCCGAUGAGGUGAUCCCAGUGGCCGGCGAGUACGACAAAACCAUGGAGUACCCGUGGCCGAUCAUCAAGAAGGCUCAUGCCCAAGGAUACUUGACCGCCGACAUUCCGGUGGAGUACGGAGGACUCGGAGUCGACAUGGUCUCCAACUGCAUCAUCAGUGAGGAGAUGGCCUACGGAUGCUCGGGAAUCGCCACUGCCGUCAUGGCCAAUGACCUCGCUCUGACACCGCUUAUCUUGGCCGCCAACGAUGACAUCAAGAAGCGAUUCUUGGGACGCAUGAUCGAUACUCCGUUCGUUGCGGUGCGUAACUCGCAGAUGAAGGGAUUUUAAACAUCAUUGUUCUUUUAGUCGUACGCCGUCACUGAACCUGGAGCAGGAUCCGAUGUGGCUGGAAUCAAGACCAAGUGCGAGAAGAAGGGCGACGAGUACAUUCUCAACGGCUCCAAAAUGUGGAUUACCAAUGCCGGACAUGCCAACUGGUCAGUUCGACUUUGGACUUUGGCUUGAGACAGAGACGCACGUGGUGACGCACAUUGUUGUAACAAAUGGCUACACACAAGACGGGAAAUUCGUGAUAAUAAUUGGUCGUGGAAAAGAGGAAAGGGAGAGAAAAAGAGAGAGCGGACUUUGUACCGCUAGUAAAGUGCUGUGAGAUGAUGUGUGGUGAGAGAGACAGAACUGAGAGUUUGAGAGUGAUAAGGAGAUCAGGUUAUUGUUGUCAAGGAAUGAACUAAUAGGGUAAAGUGCAACCCGACUGAAUUUGCAGGUUCUUCGUGCUUGCCCGCUCCGAUCCGAACCCGAAGACCCCAGCCGGAAAGGCGUUCACCGCCUUCGUCGUCGAAGGAGAUUCUCCGGGAAUCACCAGAGGACGCAAGGAGAUCAACAUGGGACAGAGAUGCUCGGACACCCGUGGCAUCACUUUCGAAGACGUCCGCGUGCCAGCCGCCAACGUUGUCGGAGCCCCAGGAGAGGGAUUCAAGGUCGCCAUGAGAACCUUCGACAAGACCCGCCCGACGGUCGCCGCUCUGGCCACUGGAGUCGCCUACCGAUGCCUGGACGUUGCCACGCAGUAUUCUCUGGAGAGAAAGGCGUUCGGAACGCAGAUUGCUAACCACCAGGGAGUCUCUUUCCUUCUUGCCGAGAUGGCCAUCAACGCCGAGCUCGCGAGACUGAUGACUUACAAAAGUGCCGAUGAGGUAAGAAAACUCCGGACAGAAACAGUCGCAGCCUGGACUUUUGACCCACUUUCAAUGAUACCAUCGGACCGAAACUUUGCAAGCUUCUUGAUCUCGGCUUAAAGUAUGUUGGGUCCAUGUUUCAUCCCGAUUGGGUGGGCCAAAAGUUUAGGCCUCGGCAGGCUUUUGAAAAGCCGACCUUUUGCCCAGUCCUGGAGAGAAAUGAAUAACUUGACCACAUCAUCUUUUUGAAAACUUGAUUUAGUUACACACAGAAAUAGUGUACAGAAGGACGAUUUUUAAAAUUGGUUGCAAUUAUUCUCGAGCCAACCAGAACAUGGAUUGUUUUGUUUGCAGGUUGACAAGGGCCGCCCAGGAUCCUACUAUGCUUCAAUUGCCAAAUUGUUCGCCUCGGACACUGCCAACUCCGCCGCCACCAACGCGGUCCAAGUGUUCGGAGGAGCCGGUUUCAACACGGAGUACCCGGCGGAGAAGCUGAUGCGUGAUGCCAAGAUCUUCCAAAUCUACGAGGGAACCUCGCAGAUUCAGCGCAUGGUCAUUGCUCGUCAGCUGCUCGCCCGGGUCGCUCAGAACGGAGGAUACUAG